AUGUACUCGACCCGCCUCUCUGCUUUCUCUCGCAGCUGUACUACUUUACAGCGCGGUUUUGCUACCGUAGCGAAGGAUUUCCGUAUCCCAGUCAUUGAUUUUUCAAAGUAUCGGAAAGCAAGGACAUCGGCCGAGAGGAAGGUGACGGCGGACGAGGUUGUGGCGGGGUUCAAGGAGAGUGGGUUCAUCUACGUCGACAAGCAUGGGAUACCCCCUGCCAUCGUAAGAGGUGCUUUCCAAAAGAGCGCCGAAUUCUUCGCUCUACCCCCAGAUACCAAGGACAAGCUAAGAUGGGAGGACCCCCGAUCGAACCGCGGUUAUGUUACCAUAGGACGUGAACGUGUUACACAGUCUGCGGAUCCCAAUGAAAUCGCUGCUCUGAGAGAAAAGGCCCCAGAUUUUAAGGAAUCAAUGGAGAUUGGGCGCGACUGGGAUGCAACAUGGAAGAACCAGUAUCGUAUGGAAAAGCUGUCUUGUUCUAGCCGCUUGGCCUUAAUUUGGAUGAACGGUAUUUUGACAACAAGAUUAAUGACCAGAAUCAUAACCUCCGGCUCUUGUCAUACCCUCCUAUUCAGCGAAAACUAUUGGAGGGCGACUGGUCAGGCGCGCGCCGGUGCCCACAGCGAUUACGGAACACUUACUUUGCUUUUCCAAGACCAAGUUGGUGGCCUUGAAGUCCAAGACCCUCACACUGGUCUCUACUACCCUGCCACUCCCAUCCCGGGUACCAUAGUCAUCAACGUGGGCGAUUUGCUUUCUCGAUGGAGUAACGAUACUCUUCGAUCCACGCUGCACCGCGUCGUGGCGCCUCCUGCAAAGCAGAUCAGCGAGACUGAGGUAGUCACUCCCGCUCGUCAGUCUAUUGCGUACUUCUCCAACCCCAACUUUACCACUGAGAUUUCGUGUCUCCCUAACUGCGGCAAGGAGGCCAAAUACCCGCCUGUGAACACGGAGACGUACAUUGUCGGACGAUUGGCUGCCACCUAUAUGUAA